ACAGGUUGGCAAAAGGGAGGCAUAGGCCCAGAGCUUUCGGAGUUCAGAUCGAUCGCAGAGGUGGGAGUGGCCAUGUUCUCCGGCGACAUGGCCGAGCGGUGGAGGGAGCUGCACUGCAGCGAGCGCUGGGAGGGCCUGCUGGACCCGCUCGACGUCGACCUCCUACGCUGCCUCAUCGCCUACGGCGAGAUGAUCACGGCCACAUACGAGGCGUUCAUCGGCGAGAGCCGGUCCCCGAACGCGGGAAUGUGCCGGUACCGCCGCGCCGUCCUGUUCCGGCGCGUGGACGUCUCCCACCCGGGCUGGUACGCGGCCACGCGGUACAUCUACGCCACGGCCAGCGCGGACGUGCACGGCAAGGUGCUGCUCCGGCCGCUUUGCCGGGAGGGCCGCGCCAGGGAGUGCAACUGGAUGGGGUACGUGUCCGUGGCCACGGACGAGGGCGCGGCCGCGCUCGGGCGCAGGGACAUCGUCGUGGCGUGGCGCGGCACGCAGCACGCGCUCGAGUGGGUGGCCGACCUCAAGCUCGCGCUCGCCUCGGCGGCAGGGAUCCUCGGGCCGGAGGGCGCCGACGGGUCCGACCCGUCUGUGCACCGCGGAUACCUGUCACUGUACACGUCGGCGGACGAAGGCUCGAAGCUGAGCAAGCAGAGCGCCAGGAUGCAGGUGCUGACAGAGAUCGCAGGGCUAUUGGACAAAUACAAGGACGAGGAGACCAGCAUCACCGUCGUCGGCCACAGCCUGGGAGCCACCCUGGCCACCCUCAACGCCGUCGACAUCGUCGCCAACGCCUACAACAAGUCCCCGGGCUCCGACGACAGCCGCGGCGCCCCAGUCACCGCCGUCGUCUUCGGCAGCCCGCGCAUGGGGGAUCGCGACUUCGGCGACAUCUUCCACCGCCUCCCGGGCCUCCAGACGCUCCGCGUCCGAAACAGGCCCGACCGCGUCCCGCCCUACUUGCCCGUGGGCUACGCCGACGUGGGCGUGGAGCUGCUCAUCGACACGCGUCGGUCGCCGUUCCUCAAGCCCCACGGCAAAGAGUCGCAAUCGCGCGACCUCGAGGAUCACCUGCACGGCGUCGCCGGGUGGCAGGGAGAGCGCUGCGGGUUCGAGCUGGUGCUGGACCGUGACGCGUAUCACAGGUAUCUGGUUAUCGAUGGGUACAUGAUUAUAUUGGAACAAGAAAAUGCAUAG